UAUACAUACAUACCAUAUAUAUUAAAAGGAGGGUUUUAAUUAAGGUUAUUUUCUAGAAAAGCGCCUCAGCGAAUACGACUGUGGGACGGUAAAACUUCCCCACUGGCCAUAUAGAUAUAAAUAUUUAUAAAUAUACAUAUAUACACACAUACAUACAUAACAUAUAUUAAAAGGAGGGUUUUGAUUAGGGUUAUUUUCUAGAAAAGCACCUCAGCAAAUACACCUGUGGGAAGGUAAAGUUUCCCCACUGGCCAGCUAGAUAUAGAUAUUUAUUUAUAUAUAUACAUACACACAUAUAUAUUAAAAGUGGAGUAUUAAUUAGAGUUAUUUUCUAGAAAACUGCCUCAGCGAAUCCACCUGUGAGACAGUAAAGCUUCCCCACUGGCUAUAUGUAUAUAUAUAUGUAUAUUAAAAGGGGUUUUAAAAGUAGAGUUAUUUUCUAGAAAAGUACUCAGCGAAUAUACCUGUGGGACCUUAAAGCUUCCCCACUACCACAGUAACUUCCGGUCAUAGAUAUUAAAAGAGGGGCAUUAAUUAGGGUUGUUUUGUGGGAAAGUGCCUCAGUAAAUACACCUGUGGGAAGGUAAAGCUUCCCCACUACCACAGUAACACCUGGCCGUAGAGAUAGAUAUUGAAAGCAGAGUAUUAGGGUUAUUUCCUAGGACAGUGCCUCAGGGAAUCCACCUGUGGGAAGGCAACACCCCUUUGCUACCAGAACUACUCCUGCCAGGCUCUUACCUGUUCGCUCAGGUGUGUUCACCUGCCCUGCUGUGCUUCGUGGAACCCGGCCCAACCUUGUGCGAGGAAGCCAACCCGGAUACACAGGCCUUGGUCUGGAUUAACUGAGCACCUGCCACCCCUUCAGGAUAACCUUUCUUUGGGACAAAGCGAAGCCAACGGAGAAGUGAAGCCAACGGAGAAGCGAAGCCAACGGGAGACUACGGGCUUUCUUUCUCUUGGAGAAUAAACUGAGAAGACCCGUGACUCUUCCUCCUGGAUUCCUCUUUGUGUUUUUCUCUUUCUUCCUCCAUUUCUCUUUCAACUGGGACGAAAAAAGGAGAGAUUAAAAGGAAAAGAAGCCAAUUAGCUUUUGGAAGCAAAGUGGUUUCGCGCCAGGAUUAGAAGAAGAACCUUUUGGAAUAUAAGGAGCCGAAGGGGCCUCGGAAGAAAAGGAUUUCUGCGGGAGAACCUGGACUUCUUUCCGUGCCUGGGAACUGAUGUUGAGGGGGAGCUGACGUUUGGAAAUUACCGCAGGGGUCUUCUCUGGCUGAGCAAACCAUGGAUGUGUGGUCCAGGAUUGCCGUGUGGCUCCUCUGUGGCAUGCUCCUGCAGCAGGGACAUGGGGAGCGGGCCCCCGGCACCCACCUGGAUGAAGCCACCAUUGCAGAGUUCUGCCGCAUCGACCAGCCCUUAUGCCACAAUGAGGAUGAGCAGCUCAGCUUCGAGGCGGUCCGCAACAUCCACAAGCAGAUGGACGACGAUGCCAAUGGCAACGUGGACGUGGAGGAGAGCGACGAGUUCCUGCGGGAAGACUUGAAUUAUCACGACCCAACCGUUAAACACAGUACUUUCCAUGGGGAGGACAAGCUCAUCAGCGUCGAAGACCUCUGGAAGGCCUGGAAAGCCUCUGAAGUGUACAACUGGACGGUGGAUGAGGUGGUUCAGUGGCUGAUCACGUACGUGGAGCUCCCUCAAUACGAAGAGACCUUCCGACGGCUGCAGCUCACAGGCCACGCCAUGCCCAGAUUGGCCAUCACCAACGCCACCAUGACUGGGGCUGUCCUGAAGAUGACUGACCGGAGCCACCGACAGAAGCUGCAACUCAAGGCCUUGGACACCGUCCUCUUUGGGCCUCCCCUCCUGACCCGCCACAACCACCUGAAGGACUUCAUGCUGGUGGUGUCCAUCGUGAUCGGGGUGGGCGGCUGCUGGUUUGCCUACAUCCAGAACCGCUACUCCAAGGAGCACAUGAAGAAGAUGAUGAAGGACCUGGAGGGCCUCCACCGGGCUGAACAGAGCCUCCACGACCUCCAGGAAAGGCUUCAGAAGGCGCAGGAGGAGCACCGCACGGUGGAGGUGGAGAAGGUCUCCCUGGAGAAGCGGCUCCAGGACGAGAUCAGCAUGGCCAAGCAGGAGGCCCACCGACUGCGAGAGCUACGCGAGGGCACCGAGAACGAGCUCAGCCGCCAGAAGUACGCCGAGCAGGAGCUGGAGCAGGUCCGGAUGGCACUGAAGAACGCAGAGAAGGAGCUGGAGUCGCACAGCAGCUGGGCCGCCCCAGAAGCCCUCCAGAAGUGGCUGCAGCUGACCCACGAGGUGGAGGUCCAGUACUACAACGUCAAGAAGCAGAACGCCGAGAAACAGCUGCUCCUGGCCAAGGAGGGGGCUGAGAAAAUAAAGAAGAAGCGCAACACCCUCUUUGGCACGUUCCACGUGGCGCACAGUUCCUCCCUGGACGACGUGGAUCACAAAAUCUUGACUGCCAAGCAAGCCCUGAGCGAGGUGACGGCGGCCCUGAGGGAACGGCUGCACCGCUGGCAGCAGAUCGAGAUGCUCUGCGGCUUCCAGAUCGUCAACAACCCGGGGAUCCAUGCGCUGGUGGCCGCCCUGAACAUUGACCCGGCCUGGGUGGGCUCCGCCUCCGCCACGCGAGCCAAUGCCUCCCACUUCAUCAUGACCGACGACAUGGAUGACCUCGACGAGGAAAUCGUCUCCCCCAUCUCCAUGCAAUCGCCUUCUUUGCCCAGCAGCGUCCGCCAGCGCCUCGUGGACCCCCAGCUCGCCUUGGGAUCGCAGAGGUUGGUAGAGAGCCAGACCGAGGCGGGGCCCCUGGUCCACUACUUGCCCGGCGGAAGGGUCACUCUGCGCCGGAUGCCCAGCAUCUCCGGCGGGCAGCCCUUCGGCCCGGACGUCCACGGUGCCGCCUCCUCUGCCGCUGCUGCUGCGGCCUCCUCUCUUCCUCCUCCUCCUUCUGCUCCUUCCUCCUCCUGCCCCUCCGCGGGCCACGGGCUGCCCAUCCUCUACCACCACACCACCUCCUCCUACAUCCUCCAGAUGGAUGCUCUGCCCAACCUGCCCCCACCGGACGUCACCUCUGGGACCCGAGGCCGCGCUGAGAGCUUUGGGGACCUCUCCCGCUCGGACUCGGACUCCUCCAUCCCUCACCUGAGUGACAACCAGCGCAUCUCCGGCUCCUCCUCGGCCUCCAAGCUGCUGACCGCCCGACCUCCUGCCGCCGGCCUUCUGAACAAGUCGAUGGAGGAGGUGGGUCCCUCCAGCCUCCCGACCCUUGGGGGCCCCUCUCCCGGCGCCAGCUGUAGCCGCCACUCAGAGGGAGGCCCAUCCUCCUUGCCGGAGCAUCUCGCCGAGAGCCCCAUCGUGCUGAAGAAAGCGCUGAUGCUGAACCACGGCGGCCUGGAGAAGUCCACCAGCCUGGGGGAGAUCUCCCACUCUGGGGGCGGGGCCUCAGGGGCGUCCCGGCACAGCCCCUCCGACUCCUCGCGCUCCCACAGCCCCAGCUCCACGGAGCCCGAGACCCCCUCGCCCACCUCGGAGGGGGGCCGCCCCAACAGCAAGGGCAACAGCCGCAUCCCGCACCUGGCCUCCAAGAAGAGCGCGGCCGGCGGAGAGGAAGACAGCGGCUCCACGGGCGAAGAGACCGACUCGGGCCCCGGGAAGAAGAAGUUCCCCCUCAAGAUCUUCAAGAAGCCCAAGAAGUAGCCGCCGCCACUGCUGCCGCUGCCGCCUUUGGAAGGGGAACAGGAAGCCCAAAGCCCACCCUGGGACGUGAGCCCCCUCUUUCCCUCUGUGGCCGAUUGAAGG